AAUUCCUUGUGACUCAUGGAAUAUUUUUGAUACCAAAAUGCGGACAGGGCAAGGGAGGCGGAUCUGGGAGACCUGAAUUGAGGAAGGAGACAAGGUACAUAUAGGUCCUACCGAUACUUGGUUCGGAGGGUUGUCUCUUAGAAUGUCUCUCGUAGCAUGAACGGAUUAAAACCCAUCAAGAUUCCUUGCAAUUGUUCUAUUUAUUAAAGAUGUUGAGAUGUAAUAUUCAUGAUUCUCUCAGGCGAUGCAAAUCCAUCUGAUUCAUCGACCUUCGAUUUCCAUCAGCCGUUUUAAAACUAGUUUUAAUACCGUACUGUAACAGACCAAUAACCAGCGACCACUCAACGACUAGCGCCUCGAAACCAUUUCGGGCAUUUUUGGCGAAUGUCUCGACCUCAUCUUUUCCAAGACCAUCCGCGAUCAUUUCCCUAUAAUUUCCGGUCAAAAUGGCUUCCCACGAGACUGAACAAGACGAAGAGCCACAAGCCACUGGCCCCGGCAGUGCCGAAGACCGCAAGGCUGCCGCCGCCCUUGAAGCGCUCGACGCCCACGAUGCGGACGAACGAGCUACACGGAAUGUCGACGCCGCUGAGGCACUCGGCCAGGCGAUGAGGGCAUUGGAAGUCAAGGAUAAGAAAGAGGAUGCGGAGGCGAAGAAGGUGAAGGUCGAGACGGCCGAUAUUACGCUAGUGAUGAAUGAACUAGAGAUGCCGAAGGCUAAGGCUACGGAACUGCUCAAGAAGCAUGAAGGCGACGCGAUCAGGGCUAUGAAGUCAUAUGUUCUGGAUGUGGCAUGGGCAUAGCGACCCCUCGAAACCCCCUCCGACCGUACACAUUGUCAGAAGUGGCCAUAUAUGAGACCAGGAGGUUUUAUGCGAUGAGUCGUUAGACGGCGUUGUGGGAAGGGUUCAGAUGCGAU